AUGACUCCUCCAUCAGAAGUAACAACAUCAACUACAUCAACAACAUCAACCACAUCGAAUAUAUCCAAUAAUGUUGAUAUUGCUGUUGUUGAGGAGAUCAACCUGUCGGAUGGUGUAGCAGCCACUGCAGUGUUUAGUAAUGUUGUUCUGCGGAGGAAGGUAUUGAGUAUGCUGCCCAUCUUCUCUUUGAAAAGACGUGAUAAGAUUGUCAUCCAUGGAUGUGCCCAAUGGAGUGGAGAGAUAAUGAUGCUGACAAGAUGCGAGAGACGAUUCCCAGAAAACAUAAACCGCAAUUCUGCUGCCUGCUGGAGUAGAACAUGUGUCAGAGACCUGGCAUCUGGCUUUGUCGCUAGAUUUGGCAUCAGAAUGGGCAAGGACCAUUCGGAUUCGGAGCCAGGCGCCGAUGGAAUGGCCUUUGUCAUCCACAACGCCAAACGUGGCAACCAAACGCAUGUGUACGACGACAAAGGCUCCGGCAUGGGCUACUCUGGUAUCGAGAACAGUAUCGCCAUUGAGUUUGACACGUUCAAGCUAAAUGACAGCGAGCCCGAUGCCAAUCAUAUCUCGGUGCAGACCAAUGGCAGGGCACCAAACUCUAGCAAUCAUCGCUACUCCAUUGGCCACGCUAGUCCUACUUGUGUGAUGAACGACUAUCAACUGCACCGUGUGAUCGUCACGUACAAUCCUUUCAAGGAGCGCCAGCUGGUUGUCAACUUUGAUGGCAGAGACCUCAUCCAAUGCACAGUUAAUCUACAACAAUUACUAAGACUGAACAACAACAAUAGUGAUGCCUACGUUGGAUUCACUGCUGCCACUGGUUACUACUUCCAAGUUCACUCUGUGGAAUACUGUGACAUCUAUCGUUUGAAUGAAUACUAA